AUGCCAAUUCUGCGGCCGUCAGACAGAAAUGGAGAUGAGACGAGCAAGUGUGCCAUUGUCCUGGUGUUCUAUGAUGAUGAACCUGUGGACUUUAUUACUGAGCUAGAGCUCUACAUGAACAGAGUGGUCCAGGUCAUGGGGGAUUUUCCAGGUCAUGUCCUUCCUGGAACACUUUUCUUUGUCAUAAGUCUUUGGUGGAGUAUAAAGCACAUUCUGGAGCAUGUUUGCCGACAGCAAAAGAGGUCUUCCUCCCUUAUUACCAAGGAAUUCUUCUUUCGAGCCGAAAUUGUGGAAGGAAUUGUGAUUACUGGCGUGGUAUUAGUAGGAAUAAUUGGUUUAUACCUUGUGCUUGGAAAGAGAAAUCAGCUCUCAGAUAAAGAAUCCCAGUUGGUCCUAAUCCUGCACUGGCAUCAUCUUGCCAUGUAUGUCUUCUUUGCAUUGCUAGGUGGGACCAAGAUCUUAUGUUUCAUCAUUCGUUCACUUCCGGUCUCUUUGGUGAAGUUAAUGUUAGCAAAUGCCUGCUUUGUAGAUGCUUUUAUUUUCCACAAUCACACACAUGGCCGGACCUUGGUGGACGCCUUUGGGCACCAACUGUUGAGCUUCGCUAUAUUUUUGGCAGGUCUGGUUGCCUUUAUAGAAUUAUUCACAAAGAACAGUGUAGUUCUGGCACUCCUGAGGUCAAGCUUUAUCAUGCUACAUGGGAUGUGGUUCUUUCAGGUUGCUUUUGUCCUGUUUCCCAAAAAUAGAGACCAUGCAUGGGACCUGUCUGAUCAUAGCAACGUUCUGUUUUUCACUGUAUGCUUUUGUUUGUAUUAUGCGUUGACCUAUGUCAUCAUUGGAAUUAAUUAUGCUCUUGUUACCUGGUUGGUGAAGUGGAGACUUAGCAAGCUCUGCACCUCAGAAACUCAACUUCUGAAAAAUCUUGAACAGCAAGAAGAAUCAGAAGAUGAAAUGUGA